AUGGAGAAAACAAACACCAGGGACCUGAACCAAGACAACACUCUAAAAUCAGCAUGUGUCAGCUGUGAAGAACUCACUGCAGUCCACCAUCAAGAGGACACUUUAGAAGGCAGUACUACUACUCUGGAGUACAAAUACCACAAAACUGCUGAUGGAACUGAUUCUUUCUUCUGGUAUCGACAAUAUCCAGGAAAACCACCAGAGUUCCUCCUGUUCAUCUCAGAUGAUGUAGAUGAAGGUCAAGAUGGUUCAGAGUCUCAGUGUUCUUCCUCUCUCUCCUCCCCUCUCACUGCAGACAUGAAACACUGGCUGACAAACAUCCUGAUUCUGACUCUCUGGCUCGAGUGUAAAGGAGAAGACAGAGUGAUCCAGCGCACAGCAGAUGUCAUUGCUGCUGAAGGACACCACGUCACACUUCAAUGUUCCUUUGAAACCAGUGAUCCAAGUCCUUAUUUGUUCUGGUACCAACAAGAACUAAAUGGUUCUCCAAAGUUUAUGCUGAAACGUGAUAAAUUUGGAACAAGAAGAAAUGCUGCAGAGUUCAACAAAGAGAGAUUUGAUGCUGAAGUCAACAAGACAUCAGUUGAUCUGAAGAUCCAGAAGCUGCAGCUGCGAGACUCUGCUGUGUACUACUGCGCUCUGCAGCCCACAAUGACCAAGACCAUGGCCCUGUGGUGUCACAUUUUAUCAGAUGCUGUAAUUUGUCUUUUUUAG